AUGGGCGCCCCGGCUCGCGCCCUCGCGUUUUGCGUGGCAGUGGCAGUCAUGACCGGCGCCGUCCUCGGGUCCCCGGGCCUGGAGCCUCGCGUUGCACCGAGAGCGGCAGAGGCCCCGGGCCCCGAGCCCAGCCCACAGGAGCGGGCCUUUGGCAGCGGGGACACCGUGGAGCUGAGCUGCCGCUCGCCGGCGGGGGUGCCCACGGAACCCACCAUCUGGGUGAAGGACGGCGUGAGCCUGACGCCCUCGGACCGCGUCCUGGUGGGGCCACAGCGGCUACAGGUGCUCAACGCCUCCCACGAGGACGCCGGGGCCUACAGCUGCCGCCAGCGCCUCUCCCAGCGGCUGCUGUGCCUCUUCAGCGUGCGCGUGACAGACGCUCCGUCCUCGGGGGACGACGAAGAUGGGGACGACGAGGCUGAGGACACAGCAGGGGCCCCUUACUGGACGCGGCCCGAGCGGAUGGACAAGAAGCUGCUAGCGGUGCCGGCCGCCAACACGGUUCGCUUCCGCUGCCCGGCUGCUGGCAACCCCACGCCAUCCAUCACCUGGCUGAAGAACGGCAAGGAGUUCCGGGGCGAGCACCGCAUCGGAGGAAUCAAGCUGCGGCACCAGCAGUGGAGCCUGGUCAUGGAGAGCGUGGUGCCCUCGGACCGCGGCAACUACACGUGCGUCGUGGAGAACAAGUCUGGCAGAAUCCAGCAGACCUACACCCUGGAUGUGCUGGAGCGCUCUCCGCACCGGCCCAUCCUCCAGGCGGGGCUGCCCGCCAACCAGACCGCCGUGCUGGGCAGCGACGUGGAGUUCCACUGCAAGGUGUACAGCGAUGCCCAGCCGCACAUACAAUGGCUCAAGCACGUGGAGGUGAAUGGCAGCAAGGUGGGGCCCGACGGCACGCCCUACGUCACCGUGCUCAAGACGGCGGGCGCUAACACCACCGACAAGGAGCUAGAGGUUCUAUCCUUGCGCAAUGUCACCUUUGAGGACGCGGGGGAGUACACGUGUCUGGCGGGCAAUUCUAUCGGGUUUUCCCAUCACUCUGCGUGGCUGGUGGUGCUGCCAGCCGAGGAGGAGCUGGUGGAAGCCGGUGAGGCUGGCGGUGUGUUCGCGGGCGUCCUCAGCUACGGGCUGGGCUUCCUCCUCUUCAUCCUGGCUGUGGCCGCCGUUACGCUCUACCGCCUGCGGAGCCCCCCCAAGAAGGGCCUGGGCUCACCCGCGGUGCACAAGGUCUCCCGCUUCCCGCUCAAGCGACAGGUGUCCUUGGAGUCCAGCUCAUCCAUGAGCUCCAACACACCACUGGUACGCAUCGCCCGGCUGUCCUCGGGCGAGGGCCCCACCCUGGCCAACGUCUCUGAGCUCGAGCUGCCCGCCGACCCCAAGUGGGAGCUGUCCCGGGCCCGGCUGACCCUGGGCAAGCCUCUCGGGGAGGGCUGCUUCGGCCAGGUUGUCAUGGCAGAGGCCAUUGGCAUCGACAAGGACCGAGCUGCCAAGCCCGUCACGGUGGCCGUGAAGAUGCUGAAAGAUGACGCCACGGAUAAGGACUUGUCGGACCUGGUGUCCGAGAUGGAGAUGAUGAAGAUGAUCGGAAAACAUAAGAACAUUAUCAACUUGCUAGGCGCCUGCACGCAGGGCGGGCCCCUGUACGUGCUGGUGGAGUACGCGGCCAAGGGCAACCUACGGGAAUAUCUGCGGGCGCGGCGGCCCCCAGGCACUGACUACUCCUUCGACACCUGCCGGCUGCCCGAGGAGCAGCUCACCUUCAAAGACCUGGUGUCCUGCGCCUACCAGGUGGCGCGGGGCAUGGAGUACCUGGCCUCGCAGAAGUGCAUCCAUAGGGACCUGGCGGCCCGCAACGUGCUGGUGACCGAGGACAACGUGAUGAAAAUCGCCGACUUCGGCCUGGCCCGUGAUGUGCACAACCUCGACUACUACAAGAAGACAACAAACGGCCGCCUGCCCGUGAAGUGGAUGGCACCCGAGGCCUUGUUUGACCGUGUCUACACCCACCAAAGUGAUGUGUGGUCCUUCGGGGUCCUGCUCUGGGAGAUCUUCACGCUGGGGGGCUCGCCGUACCCUGGCAUCCCCGUGGAGGAGCUCUUCAAGCUGCUGAAGGAAGGCCACCGCAUGGACAAGCCGGCCAACUGCACGCAUGACCUGUACAUGAUCAUGCGUGAGUGCUGGCACGCCGCACCCUCGCAGAGGCCCACCUUCAAGCAGCUGGUGGAGGACCUGGACCGCGUGCUCACUGUGACUUCCACCGACGAGUACCUGGACCUGUCAGUGCCCUUCGAGCAGUACUCGCCGGGCGGCCAGGACACCCCCAGCUCCGGCUCCUCGGGGGACGACUCCGUGUUCGCUCACGACCUGCUGCCCCCGGCCCCACCCGGUAGCGGAGGCUCGCGGACGUGAAGGGCCGCGGCCAGCCAGCCGAGCCCCCAUCAAUGUGAGAACAGACCCCAGCCCACCGUGCUGCCGCUGGCGUGCCAUGAUCCCUUGGUCCCGCCGGCCCGGGCCCACGACCUGGAACGGGUGGAUGGAUGGACAGACAGCGUCACCUGUGUGUGUGUGUGUGUGUGUGUGUGUGUGUGUGCGUGCACCCACGCAUGUGUGCUCUGGGGUCCCUGGGGUGCUCGCCCUGCUGUGCGGUGACCUCUUGGCCACCUGGACUGGCAGCUCCAGGGACCAAACGUAGAAUGUAAGGGGCUUCUCCCAUGGGGCCCUCCCUGGGCUCCCUGCCCCCCCCGCGGCCCCCCACAGGGAGCACCAGGGGCUGGCCAGGCUCCGUGUCCAGAGUGGGGUGAGGCCCCUACAAGCACCCAAGCUGAGCCUACAGGGAAGCCCCCAUGUGGCGCACCUCCCCCCCCCCCCAAGUGGCACCUUCUGCCUGGGGUGUUAGCAGCCCCCACCUCCAGGCCUCCCCACUCCCCACCCUGUCCCCCAGAGACUGAAAUUACGGGUACCUGAAGGCGGGAGCCUUUAACUUCUAUCUGAAAGGUUUAUUCCAGAAAUGAGUGUACAUUUAUAUAAAUAGAUGCUGUGUAUAUGAUAUACACAUACAUAUAUAUAAAAAUAUCUAUAUGGGAGAAGGCAGGCCGGUACAACUGACGCU